CAUUUGACAAUGAAAUUAUCUAUUGCAAUGCAAGCACUCAAACAUAUGAUUCAUUGAUGCACAGUGUUGGUAUUCAAGUUGACAAACCAACAUUGACCUAUGAGGAUAUCAGGUGCUCUGAUGAAAGUGUUAUGUUCUACACUGGAGUUCCAGAUUCAUCAACAUUUGAGGCUUUGUUUGAUGAAAUGUGUGAUGAUGAGCAGGUUUACUCUGACACAUCUGAUGGUGGGAGACCACAUGCUUUGAGGCAGAUAGAUGAAUUUUUCAUGAUUCUAAUGAGAUUGAGAUUAGGACUGUUACUAGAUGAUUUGGCAUACAGAUUUAGAAUUUCACGUGCAACAUGCGGCAGACUCUGCAACAAGUGGUUUGACUAUUUGUAUGUUCAACUCUCGUUUUUGGUGCAAUGGCCAAGUAGGGAGAAUGUUAAUGCAACAAUGCCAGAUUCAUUUAGUACAAAUUACCCAACCACUAGAGUUGUCGUAGAUUGCACAGAGAUAUGGACAGAGACACCUAGUUCACUUCAGCUACAGUCACUUUUAUACAGUGACUAUAAGUCACAUAUGACCUACAAGGCUUUGAUUGGGAUAAGUCCAGCUGGUGUUGUAACAUUUUCUUCAGAUUUGUAUUGUGGUAGUAUCAGUGACAAACAGAUCACCAAACUUAGUGGCCUUGUUGAAUUGUGUGAGGAAGGUGAUGCUAUCAUGGCAGACAAAGGUUUUCUCAUCUCUGAUUUUACUACACCUAGAGGUAUUGAUCUAAUCAUUCCCCCAUUUAAAACUAAAAAGCAACAAAUGACUCAACAUGAGGUGAAUGUAACCAAGAAAAUUGCCAGUUUGAGGAUUCAUGUUGAGCGGCAAAUGGAACGAAUUAAAAACUUUCGCAUCUUACAAGGUACUAUUCCCAUCACAAUGGCUUCCCAGGUAACAAAAAUAUGGCAUAUAUGUGUUUGUUUGACAAAUUUGCAACCACCUCUUGUUCUUAAAUGAUAUAAAUUUGAAUGAAUUUGUUCGGGGUUCGGAGUACAUGUAACUUCAAUGAUUUGCAGAUUAUUUCUUGAAAUGUUAGAAGACUUAAAAAAACUUAAACAUAAUGACUUGGUGAAUUAUUUUAGUUUGUUUGACAUAGUCAGCCUUUUUUUAGACCUUCAUUAGGCCUGCAACAUAUUUUUCAGACAUUUUUCACUUUGGUCUCUUUGAAACGCUUAGGAAUAUUUUGAUAACGGUCAGGUAACCCCCUGUUAUUACAAGCUACUAAUUAUUACCUCAAGCCCUGUUCUGUUAGCUGUACUCACUCCACUGCAACUGGAUUAACUACUACUAUUAACUAACUUGUUAGGUCAGGUGUUGGUUGUGAGUAGGUGUCUAACAGAACUUAUAGAUAGGUAUAGAUAAUAGAGCAUCACUGCUCAGUGAUCAUUAUUGAUCAGUAGAUGAUCACUGUUGCUAAUAAUUGACAAAACAAAUACGAAGAUUCUAUAUUUAUUUACAUUCACAAAUAUAUUAAUUCCUGUCUUGACACAUUGUCUGAAUGCAGUGUCAGGUAAGUUGUUUUACACAACAUCCGCAUUGUCCAUCAUAUGUACAAUGACACACAGGUAUAUAUUGUCAAUAAGAACAUUUACAUUUUUUACAAGAAACCUAUUUUUUUUGCUUUAUCUGUAGUAUGUGAAUGCCAUUAGAACAUUACUAUAAAGCUGACAAAUUUGUAGCUUUAUUGGUAGAGCAUGUCAUUCAACAAAUGUAAUAUUGACAAAUGUGUUAAAUACUGAAAUAAUAGUGUGCUUGAAAAUGUGCCUUUCUUUAUUUUUAUUAUACAAUGCACCAGUUAUGAAAGGAUGUGAACUGUGAACAGUUAACCUUAAAGGGAGAUAAUUUAGCAAAACUACUUUGUAGUGCGUUUUCAGUUGUGGCAGGUUUUAGUGAUGCUCUAGGUAUCCAUAUGCAAAUACCAAAUUGUGAUGUUUCAUAUUAUUAACGUUUGUCUUUACAACAUAUAUACUGGUACAGAGGCCUCAAUACUACAAGAAAGAUUUCACUUGACUCUGUAGCACUGAAUGGUUCAGGAAGUUCCAUAAGUAUAUUAUCUCUCUAGCUGUUAAACAGCUAUCCAUGUUGUUGAAAGUGAGUCAGUAUUGAUCUGCACACAGUUAUCAGUUCACCAAUAAAAUAAUUUUAGUGAUC